AUGGUCGGAACUCAAGGAGCACCAUCCUCUACGUUCUUCGACAAGGACGCCAUCUCAAGGGGUAUCUUUGACAUGGCAAGAAAGGCUAAGUACUUGUAUCGGGUGAAAGACUGGCUCCUUCUGGCUCCUGUAGCCGAAAAGCUAAGACUUCAAGACGUUAGUCAAUUGAUCCUCGACAACUUAUGCCUUUUCUGCAGAGCCGAUAAGAGAGAGUUGCCCGAAGAGGUAAGGGAUUGCAUCGAGGAUAGGGACUGGGCCAAGAUACAGGACCUUGGACUUAUUGAGUUGCAGCAUGUUCCUACUGUCGAUCGCUUUCUUGUGACGAAUUUCAACGGGAGCUCAUCUCAGCACGGUUAUGGCCGCUGUGCGCUGAGGCUUACCAAGAUCGCAUCAUUGAUCUACUUCACGCAAUAA